CUAGAAAAUAUAAGCCUAAUAAAAUGAAACCAACAGACCAACAACGCAAUAAAGGUUCAAAGAAAACCGAUUGCCAAUGGCAUGUUAUUUUAAACAAACCUGAAGAUAAAGAUGGCAUAUAUGUGACUUUUGUAAACCUUGACUAUAAUCAUGAAUUAAUCGCUAAUAAUUCGAAGUUUGCUACAGCAUUCCGAAAAUUUGAUCAAGCUGUAAUGUCAGAAAUUGAACGUGCUGUAGUUUAUGGACGUUGUGAUGCAUACACCAUAAGAAACUUAAUACAACUAUUAUUUCCUGACCAACUGUUUCUUACCCAAGAUCUCUCGAAUGCUAUACAAAAAAUAAAACGUGAAAGAAAUAUUGCUAGCUCAGAUGCUUCUAAACUAUUAAAGUACCUUCUCAAAAAACAAAAAAAAGAGCCUAUGAUGUUUAUACAACCUCUUAUUAAUAUGGAUAGUGAUAGAUUAUGCGCAUUUAUUGAUGACUUUUGGACAACACGCAAUUCAUUAUGUAUUAAUGUUUUUGAACAAAGGUUUCAAACUUUAUUAGAUAAAUAUCCUAAUGCUAAUGAAUAUUUGCAUGAUCCAAUUUAUACAACACGCUAUUCAUAG